CCCUUCCGGUGGCGCUCUGCCCCGCGCGUCUCUGUGCUCCGGAGUCCUCCAACGCCGUGCGGAGCGCUCCACUCCGAAGCCCCGCCCACUCCGAGAAGACCACGCCCACAAACAUUCAGACCACGCCCCCUUUGGCUAAGCCCCGCCCAUUCCCCCUUGAAGCCCCGCCCACGGGCCGCCAUGGCCCCGCCCCUUUUGUGGGCGUGGCCGCUGCUGGCCCUGGCGGUGGGCGGGGCGGUGGGCGGGGCUUGCACCGGAAAGAGGUGGAGCCUAACAGGAAGCGGAGCUUUGAGUGAUGGCGCCGGGAACUACUCGGUGAUGGGGGACUGCAUCUGGGUGCUGCACGCCCCCCCCGGGCAGCGCGUGCUGCUGACGCUGAUGGAAGUGGAGACGGAGUGCGGCUUCGACUUCCUGUUCGUCUUCGAUGGCCCCGCCUCCCGCGGGCGCCUAUUGGCUGCGCUCAGCGGGAACGCCCCGCCCCCACCGCUGCUGGAG